AUUAAUGCCUCAUCUUCUCUCUCUUCCCGCACUCUGUUUCUUUCUCCCUCAAAAACUCUUUUUUUGUUAUAUUUUCCAACAAGUUUGGCUCUGCUCUCAUCUGCCCUAGCUUUGCGCGAUCUCCUCGUUUUCUCUUUCUCUCAAGGAAACAACACCAUUGUGGUUAUAAGAGUUACCGGAAAUGACGAUGAACCAGAUGAAGACUAUCGAGUUGGAGGAAGGAUGGGAGUUCAUGCAGAAGGGAAUCACAAAAUUAAAGAAAAUCUUGGAAGGGUCUCCAGAUUCAUUCAGCUCUGAAGAGUACAUGAUGCUCUACACCACCAUCUAUAACAUGUGUACACAGAAGCCCCCUCAUGAUUACUCUCAGCAGCUAUAUGAGAAAUACAAGGAAGCUUUUGAAGAAUACAUCAAUUCUACCGUUCUCUCUUCUUUGAGAGAGAAGCACGAUGAGUUUAUGCUGAGGGAGCUUGUGAAAAGAUGGGCAAAUCACAAACUUAUGGUUAGGUGGCUUUCACGGUUCUUCCAUUAUCUUGACCGGUAUUUUAUUGCUCGAAGGUCACUCCCGGCACUUAAUGAAGUUGGCCUCACGUGCUUCCGUGAUUUGGUUUAUCAAGAGUUGAAAAGUAAAGCUAGAGAUGCAGUUAUAGCACUGAUUGAUCAAGAACGUGAGGGUGAGCAGAUUGAUAGAGCUUUAUUGAAGAAUGUGCUAGGUAUAUUUGUCGAAAUUGGAAUGGGGGAGAUGGAGUACUACGAAAGUGACUUUGAAGAUGCCAUGCUUAAAGAUACUGCAGCUUAUUAUUCUCGAAAAGCAUCAAACUGGAUUGUGGAAGAUUCUUGUCCAGAUUAUAUGUUGAAGGCAGAGGAGUGCUUGAAAAAGGAGAAGGAUAGAGUUUCUCAUUAUUUACACUCUAGCAGCGAGACAAAACUUCUGGAGGUCAUGCAAAAUGAGUUAUUGGUUGUAUAUACCAAUCAAUUGCUUGAGAAGGAGCAUUCUGGAUGCCGAGCUUUGCUUAGAGAUGAUAAGGUAGAGGAUUUAUCUCGAAUGUAUAGAUUAUUCCACAGAAUACCUAAAGGGUUGGAACCAGUGGCAAAUAUGUUUAAGCAGCACGUCACUGCUGAAGGCAUGAUCUUGGUUCAACAGGCCGAAGACUCAGCAAGUAACAAGGCUGAAAGUUCCAGUGGCUCACAGGAGCAGGUCUUUGUUAGGAAGGUUAUUGAGCUGCAUGACAAGUAUAUGGCAUAUGUGACCGACAGUUUUGCAAACAACUCUCUCUUUCACAAGGCUUUGAAAGAGGCAUUUGAGGUCUUCUGUAACAAGGUUGUUGCUGGCUGUUCUAGUGCAGAGCUUCUUGCUUCUUAUUGUGAUAAUAUCCUUAAGAAGGGUGGGAGUGAAAAACUCAGUGAUGAUGCUAUUGAGGAGACACUGGAUAAGGUGGUCAAGCUUCUUGCGUAUAUUAGUGACAAGGACCUUUUUGCUGAGUUCUACAGGAAGAAGCUUUCUCGUCGACUGCUUUUUGAUAAAAGUGCCAAUGACGACCACGAAAGACUUAUCUUAACAAAGUUAAAGCAGCAGUGUGGUGGACAGUUUACCUCAAAGAUGGAGGGAAUGGUGACGGACUUGACGUUGGCGAAGGAAAAUCAGAACCACUUUCAAGAAUAUCUCAGCAACAACUCGGCAGCUAGUCCCGGAAUUGAUUUGACUGUCACAGUUCUUACAACUGGCUUUUGGCCCAGUUAUAAAUCUUCUGAUCUGAGUCUCCCUGUGGAAAUGGUGAAGUGUGUAGAAGUCUUCAAGGAAUUUUAUCAGACAAAAACGAAGCACAGGAAAUUGACAUGGAUUUAUUCACUGGGUACAUGUAAUAUCAAUGGCAAGUUUGACGCAAAAACUAUUGAACUGAUUGUGGGAACUUACCAGGCUGCUGCUCUAUUACUGUUUAAUGCUUCAGAUAGAUUGAGUUACUCAGAUAUCAAAAGUCAAUUAAAUUUGGCAGACGAUGACUUGGUUAGAUUGCUUCAAUCCCUAUCAUGUGCCAAGUAUAAAAUUCUGACUAAAGAGCCUAGCAAUAGAACUGUUUCGUCAACGGAUCAUUUUGCAUUCAACUCCAAGUUCACUGACAGAAUGAGGAGGAUUAGGAUCCCUUUGCCUCCGGUGGAUGAGAGGAAAAAAGUGGUUGAGGAUGUUGACAAGGAUAGGCGUUAUGCAAUUGAUGCUUGUAUUGUGCGCAUAAUGAAGAGCCGGAAGGUGCUUCCUCAUCAGCAGCUCGUGUUGGAGUGUGUUGAGCAAUUGAGCCGCAUGUUUAAGCCUGAUUUCAAAGCAAUCAAGAAGAGGAUUGAAGAUCUGAUCACUCGUGACUACUUGGAAAGAGACAAAGAGAACCCAAACUUGUUUAAGUACUUGGCCUGAGGCAACAAGCGGAUACCUGGGUGAUAUUGACUGCUCUUGGCACUACAUUGAAGUGAGUACAGCUGGAUUUUGAUUGUUAGCUAAGGACAAUAGCAGAGCAUUUUUUUUUGACCUUGCCUGAGUUGGCAACUUGUGCAGUUGUUAGUAUAUCACCACACUUUUUCAGAAGUAGGUGGCACUUGAAUUCCUUGCAGUAUAUAUCUCAGCCGUGCACUUUUUUUUUUCUUGAUGUUGAUUGCCACUUAAGUGCCGCAUCUUUGUAUAAAUCUUAUGCUUUGGUGUUUCUAUAUGUGCAUCCAAAUAUUAACUUGUCCAAGGUACUGCUAGUUUUCUACUGAACAAUUAAUUUCAAAUGACAGUAAUUGUUUUACUUCA